CAGCUCCAAUGUCAUUGCCUAGGCGACCGGGACGCUACUAGAUUGUAGUGCGGUAAAUAACAUAGAUCCUCAAUCCCAGGCCGCUCCUGUCUGCGGGAGACCUCCGGGGGAACUCGAAACGCUUGGGGAGCCAGAGCAGAGUGAUUUAUCCUUUGUCAGACUCCCCCUCUGCGAAGAUGUCUGAGUCGUCUCCAGCCGAUGAAGGUACAACGUUUGAGCACCUCUGGAGCACACUGGAACCAGACAGCACCUACUUCGACCUCCCUCCAUCCAAUCAUGCAGGCAGCAGCGAGGUCUCCAACCGCACAGAGGUGACAAUGGAUGUCUUCCAGCUGAGAGGCAUGAACGACUCCGUGAUGUCCCAGUUUAAUUUGCUCAACAACAGCAUGGAUCAGAGCAUCGGCAGCAGAGCAGCCUCCACCAGCCCCUACAGCUCCGAGCACACCUCCAAUGUCCCCACGCACUCGCCCUACUCGCAGCCCAGCUCUACCUUCGACGCCAUGUCCCCAGCUCCCGUCAUCCCCUCCAACACUGACUACCCGGGUCCCCACCACUUCGAGGUGACCUUCCAGCAAUCCAGCACAGCCAAGUCGGCCACCUGGACAGUAAGUUGCAUGUCUUCUUCACUUCCCCGGAGAGAUGCUUGCUGCUCCAGGUUGGGUUUUCCGCCAGCCUGCUGCAGGCACUACUCCCCCCUGCUGAAGAAACUCUACUGUCAGAUCGCCAAGACAUGCCCCAUCCAGAUCAAGGUGUCCACCCCGCCGCCCCCGGGCACCAUCAUUCGGGCCAUGCCCGUCUACAAGAAGGCCGAGCACGUCACAGAGGUGGUGAAACGCUGCCCCAACCACGAGCUGGGCCGAGACUUCAACGACGGCCAGUCAGCCCCGGCCAGCCACCUCAUCCGGGUGGAGGGCAACAACCUCUCCCAGUACGUGGAUGACCCCGUGACGGGACGGCAGAGUGUGAUGGUGCCCUACGAGCCCCCGCAGGUGGGCACCGAGUUCACCACCAUCCUGUACAACUUCAUGUGCAACAGCAGCUGUGUGGGAGGAAUGAACAGGAGACCCAUCCUCAUCAUCAUCACCCUGGAGAUGAGAGAUGGCCAAGUCCUAGGAAGGAGAUCGUUUGAGGGACGGAUCUGUGCCUGUCCCGGCAGGGACCGGAAAGCCGAUGAAGACCAUUACCGAGAGCAGCAAGCCCUGAAUGAGAGCGCAGCUAAAAACGGCAAUGCCAACAAACGCACGUUCAAACAGAGCCCCCAGGGGAUCCCAGCACUGGGGGCGGGCAUUAAGAAACGGAGACACGGGGAGGAGGAGAUGUAUUACGUGCCUGUGCGGGGCCGGGAGAACUUUGAGAUCCUGAUGAAGAUAAAGGAGAGCCUGGAGCUGGUGGAGCUGGUCCCGCAGCAGCUGGUUGACUCCUACCGGCAGCAGCAGCAGCAGCUCUUGCAGAGGCAGAGUCAGCUGCAGACGCCUUCGUCCUACGGUCCUGUCCUCUCACCUAUGAACAAAGUCCACGGAGGAGGAAUCAACAAGCUGCCCUCUGUCAACCAGCUGGUGGGGCAGCCACCGCAGCACAGCUCCAGCUCGGCGCCCAGCUUGGGGCCCAUGGGACCUGGAAUGCUAAACAGCCACCCCAUGCAAACCAACGGAGAAAUGAACGGGGGCCACUCGUCCCAGUCCAUGGUCUCAGGAUCACACUGCACCCCUCCUCCGCCCUACAACCCUGAUCCCAGCCUCGUCAGUUUUUUAACAGGAUUGGGGUGUCCAAACUGCAUCGACUAUUUCACCUCACAAGGGUUACAGAAUAUAUACCAUCUGCAGAACCUAUCCAUAGAGGAUCUCGGAGCACUGAAGAUCCCGGAGCAGUACAGGAUGAUCAUCUGGAGAGGUCUUCAGGAACUCAAGCAGAGCCACGACUACGGGGCCCAGCAGCUCAUCCGCUCCAGCAGCAACGCCUCCACCAUCUCCAUCGGCAGCUCCGGCGAGCUGCAGCGGCAGCGCGUGAUGGAGGCCGUGCACUUCCGCGUGCGCCACACCAUCACCAUCCCAAACCGCGGCGGGGCAGACGAGUGGGCGGACUUUGGCUUUGACCUCCCAGAUUGCAAGUCACGCAAACAGUCCAUAAAAGAGGAAUUCACGGAGGGAGAGAUCAACUGAGGGUCUCCGGGGUGCGGCAGUAGAAGACCGGACACAGAGUUAAACGAACGGGUUGGGGGGGAACCAAACCCCAUAUGAGAAAUGGGAAAACACUUUCGGCCUUUAGCGUCUGGAAAAGUGUAAUUUUGCUGGACAGAUGG